AUGCCACGCAGGACACAUAAGAAAUCUCGCAAUGGCUGCGUUGAAUGCAAACGUCGUCAUGUGAAGUGUGAUGAGCGACGACCUGUCUGCUCCAAUUGCGUUGCUUCGGAACGACAGUGCCAUUUUGUUGGACCUGCUCCUACAGCCUCCUCGGCACGAGCUUCACCCAGCACCAGCCACGAAUUUGCUUCUGCGUCUCCCGCUACUAGUUCACCCGCGCAACAUGUCCCAUCAGCCCCAUGUGGCUCCACCCAAGAUCCUCCAGUCAAUAUGCUUCAUGUGGAGCUUCUUCACAAUGUGUUUGUGGAAAGUUCUAAUUGGAUCAAUGCCGGCGAGAUAUUGUCUACCACGUCUUUCCCCGAUAUGCUGAAAGUUGGCCUUGAAGCACCCUACCUACUCAACUUGGUGUUAGCCACGAGUGCUCUGAAUCUCAGCAUCACUAGGCCGGAUCGUCGAGACUUCUAUCGAAAUCACGCGACACAACUUCAGACUCAUGCAUUGAAGAACUUUAACAACCUAUCACCACACUUCGACCAAGAGACAUGCAUCCCGAUAUUUCUUUUUGCUUCAAUUCUGGGGCUCCACUUGCUCUGCGAUACACUUGUCUUCCGAGAAGGUUCUUUUGAAAGCUUCCUCGACCGUUUCGUGCAGUACCUCCGACUUCACCUUGGAAUACGAACAAUCCUAGCCGAAGGUCGAUGGGAAUACCUGCGGGAGACGAAACUCAAGCCACUGUUGACUUUUGGUGAACGGCUCCCAGAUAUGGAUUCUGAUUUUGGACCGGUGUGUGGCGCUUUGUAUGAGCUUAUCCAAGGGUCUGAAAAAGAUGAAGCCAGACUAAAAGCUUAUCGCCUUACUGUUCAGGCUCUACAUGUGGUGAUGACGGCACUGGACUCGGAGAAUGGAAAACUUGAUGCUUUAGUGGCGUGGCCGGUUAUGAUAUCUCCUGAAUAUGUGGAUCUAGUGGCAUCGCAUCAAGGGGAAGCCUUAGUGAUUCUGGCAUAUUAUGGCGCGCUUAUUCACCCAAGCCGUGACCUUUGGGUAUUUCAAGAUGGUGGCCGGUUUUUGAUCGAAUCAGUCACUCAAUUCCUAGGACCUUCCUGGAAUGAAUGGCUAGAGUGGCCGAGGAAAGCCUUAACCUGA